UAUUGUUCUAAUAAUCUGUGCCUGUGGUUUCAAGCUUCGCAGCGAUGAUCCAGAAUUUUUAUAAUUUAGUUUUUAAUUUUUCGCAUAAAUAAAAUUUAAUAUACAGAAUAAGUUAAUCAAAAUAUAUUUGUGCCUUGGUAUAUAAAUUCAUUAAAUAUUUUUUUUAAGUUCUGAAUCUUCUGCGUGCAGAAAAAAAAUAAUUAAAGCGGAAUACUAUUAACCUUACGACACUAUGUGGAUUUUGGAAAUAAAUUCAUUUUUAUAGCGUCACAGUGGCGGGCUGUGAGCACGGAGCCAGCGGCGCUGCCUCUGGGGGCGGGCGGCCGGGCGACACAAUACGUCGCGUGAAGGUGAAGAUGUCGUCAGUUUCUGCUCAAGGCGUGGUGGAGCGCGCUUCUGCUGAACUCUCGCGUCGAAUCACCGGCCUCGGCCUCCGUGGCAGAAAGCGUUCUCCUGGUGUAGUGGAACGGGUUGCUAAUGCACUCUGUGGUCCUGCCUCAUCUGCUCCGAGAAUACCCCGUCGGAGAAGACCCUCACCGAGACCACUAGUCUGGAGUCAGUUUAUAUUAGAUGAAAAAUUUCUUGAAAAGUUUUUUCUUUAUUUCAAUUCAAACGAUAGAAGAACCCUUGGUCAAGUAUGCACGAAGUGGAGGGAUAUUUUGUACUCGUCUACCCGCUGGUGGAUGGGUCUUGUUGCCAUAGUGGAUUUCCGUGAGAGUAGAUCUGAGUCUGAAUGUUGCAUGCAAAGAUUUUAUAACUCUGUGGUGAGGAGGGGUGUUCGUGGAAUGGCUUUGGUGGCGGCAUCAGAUGAGGACAUUAAUGAGUUUAUUCGAGUAUUUCCAUUGUCAGCUAACCAUGUUAAUGCUUUAAGUUUGAAGGGUUGUACAGUAACAGACAGAGGUUUAGAGUCUAUUCUGGAUCAUUUAGAGGUUCUAUUUGAGCUUGAGUUAACAGGCUGUAAUGAAAUAACAGAGGCUGGUAUAUGGGCAUGUUUAACCCCAAGAAUUGUCUCACUCACACUUACUGACUGUAUUAACAUUGCAGAUGAAGCUGUUGGUGCUGUGGCUCAGCUCUUACCAUCAUUGUAUGAGUUCUCACUUCAAGCCUACCAUGUGACAGAUGCAGCUUUGGGUUAUUUCUCUCAAAAGCAGAGUGCUUCACUCAGUAUAUUAAGGCUUCACAGUUGUUGGGAGCUUACUAAUCAUGGGGUCGUCAACAUAGUUCACUCAUUACCGAACCUUACGGUGCUGUCAUUAAGUGGGUGCAGUAAAGUAACAGACGAAGGUGUGGAGUUGGUAGCAGAGAAUCUACCACGUCUAAGAAGCCUCGACCUUAGCUGGUGUCCGCGAGUAACUGAUAGCGCGCUGGAGUACAUCGCGUGUGAUCUAAACCAACUGGAAGAAUUGACACUUGACAGAUGCGUGCACAUAACGGACAUAGGCGUUGGUUACAUCAGCACGAUGCAAUCUCUGGUAGCAUUGUAUCUCCGUUGGUGCUCACAACUCCGAGAUUUUGGCGUACAGCAUCUAUGUGCUAUGCGCGCUUUGCAACUGCUCUCGCUGGCCGGGUGCCCAUUGCUAACGUCAGGCGGUUUGUCCAGUUUGAUUCAGCUCCGUCAAUUACGAGAACUUGAGUUGACCAAUUGUCCAGGGGCUUCGCCAGAACUGUUCGAUUACCUGCGGGAACACUUGCCCAGAUGUGUCAUCAUAGAAUAAUAUGCGUAGGUAUAACUUCAGGGGUUCACGUGGCUUGUAUAGCAACUAAGAAAGUGUUCUUGUAGGAAUUUGAAUUCUGUGACGUUUUUUCAACAGUUAUGAAAUUCUAUAAUUAUU